AUGCAAAUAUUCAUUGAGACCCUCACUGGAAAGACUAUAGACCUCCUUGUCCGGUCAAGCGAUACUAUUGAAAAACUCAAAAUGCUUGUCCAGGACUGCGAAGGCAUCCCUCCUGACCAGCAGCGAAUGAUCUUUGCCGGAAGGCAGCUUGAUGAUGCCAGAACGCUUUCAGAUUACAACAUUCAAAAAGAAUCCACCAUUUAUCUCGUUUUACGUCUGCGUGGUGGAGGAGAUAUGGAUAUGCUUGGUGGCUUCUCCGUGGGAGGUCGCAUAUCUCAGAAGAUAAACAAAGAUUCGCUUCCUCCGCUUGCCUAU